AUGUCAGUUGAUGAAUUUGAAACAAGGUGGGCAGAUAUGCUCCGCAAACACAGUGUAGCGGACAACACACAUCUUGAUGAUUUGUAUCGCUUAAGAGCAACUUUUGUCCCAGCUUACUUCAAGGAUCGCUUCUUCCCGUUCCUACAAACUACCGCCCGGAGUGAGGGGUUUAACGCUGUUCUGAAAACAUACAGUAACCCUCACCUGAGCCUGCAUCACUUCUUUGAACAAUACUUGAAGUUGCAAGAGAAAAUUAAUGUAGCGGAGGAUUCAGUCGAGUUUAUGGAUGAAGAUAAGACUUUUAGGGUGUGGGGUGACUACCCUCUUGAAGAGCAAGCGUUGAACGUUUAUACGCGACCCAUAUACUUGCGUCUCAGGGCCGAGCUUCGUAAAGUGACAUCCUACAAUGUACAACUUAUUGGAGGCCAAAGUUACGAUGUCCUCCCAAUUAAAACCUACGUCUAUGGCUAUGGUAGUAGGAGCUACCAAGUUGAGGCUAAUGUUGAAACUGAAACUUACAGCUGCGAGUGCUGCAAGUUCAGUAGGGAUGGAUUGCUUUGCUGCCAUAUUUUCAGAGUAAUGGUGCAAUUGGGUUGUAUUAACAAAAUUCCAGAGAAAUACAUACUAGACAGGUGGAGAGUACAGGAGGAAACAAUUGUGGAGGAAAAAAUGGACUUGCCUAAGCAGCCUGUGGGCAGGAAGAUGAAUAACAAAGAAAGGCAGCAGUUGCGCUAUGGCACUCUAUGCAAUGAUUACACCAGAGUAGCAAGAAUGGCAUCAACAUCAGAGAAAGGGAAAGCCAUUGCAGAUAAAUACAUUCUAGCUCUAGAGAAGAGUUACUGGAAAUGA